AUGUCGUUGGAUGGAGGUCUCUUCCCUCUGAUUUUCAACCUUGCUACGAACGCGAAGAUUACGUCCAAUGCAACAUGCGGACUGAACGGACGCGAGAACUACUGCAAACUGGUGGAACACGUGCCGGGGGAACCCUUCCCACAGGACCCACAGUGCAGCGUCUGCGAUGACAAUGACCCGUCCUUACGACAUCCCAUAGAGAACGCCAUCGACGGGACCAACAGUUGGUGGCAGAGUCCAACCAUCUCUCAGGGACGACAGUACAACUGGGUUACUAUAACACUGGACUUGGGGCAGAUCUUCCAAGUGGCUUAUGUGAUCAUCAAGACAGCCAUCACUCCGCGUCCUGGCAACUGGAUUCUGGAGCGUUCCUUGGAUGGAGUCCGUUUCCGCCCGUGGCAGUACUUUGCCAUCUCGGACUCGGAAUGUUACCAGAACUACAACAUCACCCCCACCAUUGGUACGCCCCAGUUCACCCAGGACGAUGAAGUCAUCUGCACAUCCUUCUACUCCAGGUUUCCACCAUUUGAGAAUGGAGAGAUUCACGUCUCACUCAUCAAUGGUCGUCCCAGUGUAGACAACCCAUCAGACACCCUCAUGGAGUUCACCUCUGCCCGUUACAUCCGCCUGCGCCUCCAGAGGAUUCGCACUCUCAAUGCUGACCUCAUGACCCUGAAUUCACAGCGCCCUGACACCAUCGAUGCAUUCGUCACCAGAAGGUACUUCUACUCCAUCAAAGAUGUCUCUGUUGGAGGACAGUGUAUCUGUUUUGGUCAUGCCAAAGUCUGCCCACAACUUCCUGGUGCCCAGACUCUGAGGUGCCAGUGUGAACACAACACCUGUGGUGAGAGCUGUGAGCGCUGCUGUCCACUCUUCAACCAGAAACCAUGGCAACCUGGAACAGCUGAGAGCAGUAAUGAGUGCGAAGCCUGCCAGUGCUUUGGCCAUGCUGACGAGUGUGUGUAUGACCAGGGUGUGGCUGACCGCAGGGAGAGUGUCAACAUCCUUGGCAUCUAUGAAGGCGGUGGUGUCUGCCAGAACUGCAGGGCCAACACCAUGGGUAACAACUGUGAACAGUGCAUUGAUGGGUUCUACCGACCUGCAGGCAUACCAAGGGAUGAUCCCAACCCGUGCAGAGAAUGCCAGUGUAACCUUAUUGGCGAAGACCCCAGUCGAAGGGGCCAGUGUGUGAAAGAUGACACCAGGAUCGCAGAGGGCUUGGAGCCAGGCCAGUGUUACUGCAGGCCUGGCUUUGGCAGACCAAGGUGCGACCGCUGUGCCCGAGGUUACAAGGGUUAUCCCAACUGUGAACCAUGUGGCUGUAGUGUCGCUGGCAGUGUGAAUGAAGACGUCUGUGUUGGCCCAUGCAUCUGCAAGGACAAUGUUGUGGGUCAGUUCUGUGAUCGCUGCAAAGCUGGCUACUACAGCCUGCAAGAGAACAACCCAUACGGCUGCCAGCCAUGCUUCUGCUUUGAUGUCACCAACCAGUGUCAGAGUGUGGCAUGGUACAGGGAGCAGAUCACCACCAUGCUGGGUUGGACAGUCAGGGCACCCCAGGGGGACAGGUUUGUGUACCCCAGGGAUGAUGGCUUCAACCGCAUCACUGUGCCGCACUUCGAAGCUGCCAGAGACCUGGGGAGUCUGUACUACUGGAGUGCUCCUAGGGAAUACCUCGGCAACCAGUUGGAGUCGUAUGGCGGAGUACUACGGUAUACAGUGUCGUACAGGACAUCUGACCGAGGUGAUAUCGGGGACCCCUCAGCAAGACCCACUGUGGAUAUUGAUGUUAUCAUGGAGGGUAAUGGGAGGAGCAUCACAUACACAGAGAACAGACAGGUGGGCCCAAGUGUGGAGGAGACUGUCACUGUCUACCUCAUCCCUAGUGGAUGGAGGGAGUAUGCGGACCCCAACUCUGCCUUCAACGUUGGUGCACGAAUCUCCCGCACUGAGCUCAUGACAGUCCUGGCUGAUGUGACCAAGCUGUUGAUCAGGGCAACGUACAACACCAACCCUGUGGAAUCAAGCUUGAGUUCUGUAAGCAUGGAGUCGGCCUCUACAGAUGCUGUGGGCCCCACUUUGGCAUCUGAUGUGGAACAAUGUCAGUGCCCGAUUGGUUACACUGGCCUGUCCUGUGAAGGGUGCAUUAAGGGCUACCGACGUGUGAACGGGCAGCUGUACGGAGGGCAGUGCGAACCCUGUCAGUGUAACGGCCAUGCAGAAGAGUGUGAUGAUGUGACAGGAACAUGUUUGUCGUAUCUGUCAAAUUCUGCCCUUGUGCAGAGCUGUCUGCACAACACAGCCGGACGAAACUGCGAGGUCUGCGCUCCCGGUUACUAUGGAGACGCCACCCGAGGAACGCCCGACGACUGCUCCCGGUGUGCCUGCCCCCUGGUGGAGUCCUCCAACAACUUCAGCCCCACCUGUGUGGCUAUGGAUGGGGGAGUCUUCUGUGACCGCUGCCCACCCGGACAUGAAGGUUUCCAAUGCGAAAAGUGUGCUGACGGCUAUUUUGGCAACCCCCUUGAGGUGGGGAAUGUUUGCAAACAGUGCAUCUGUAACGGCAACAUUGACCCUACCGAUGAAGGCAACUGCGACGCCAUCACCGGCGAGUGUCUGAAGUGCAUAGGCAACACAGUAGGCGAUGAAUGUGAACGCUGUGCUAAUGGGUACUUUGGAGAUGCCAUCAAUGCCAAGAACUGUCAGCGAUGCCUUUGCCACCCACGUGGGUCCUACCAGGAAGACUGUGACCUGAACACCGGGCAGUGCCGCUGCAGACCCAAUGUGAUUGGCCGGGACUGUGAUCAGUGUGCCGUGGGGUUCUUUGGUAUAAACUCUGGGGAAGGCUGUCAGGCCUGUAACUGUGACAGUACAGGCUCCCUGUCCACCCAGUGUGAUGAGGAUGGACAGUGUCGCUGCAAACCUGGUGUUGGAGGACAGCAGUGUGACCGCUGUGAAGUCGGCUUCUACGGCUUCUCUGAGGAUGGAUGCAAGGCCUGUGACUGCUCCAGUACUGGUGGCUUCUGUGAUGACCAAACCGGAGACUGCAUCUGCCCGCCGAACACAGUAGGCAUCCGUUGUGAGAGCUGCAGACCCGAGACCUUUGGUUGGGAUGGGCUGAAUGGCUGUACCCCCUGUGACUGUGAUCCUGUGGGAUCAGAAGGAAAUGACUGUGAUCUGACCACUGGACAGUGCAGGUGCCUUGAUGACUUCAGUGGGAGGCAGUGCAACAUGUGCCAGUUUGGUUACUUUGACUUCCCUACCUGUCGGGAGUGUACCUGUAACCAGGCAGGGACUGACCCAAACACCUGCAAUGCCAACGAUGUCUGUGCUUGUGCUGACAAUGGGACAUGCUCAUGCAAGCCCAAUGUGGAAGGUAAAUCCUGCACACUUUGUAAGGAGGGCAGCUUCAACCUUGAGGAGGAGAACCCCAACGGCUGCACCAGCUGUUUCUGCUUUGGCAUCACAGACCAGUGUAGGCAGGCCAACCUUGUCACAGAGCAGGUGACCCCUGAUGCAGACAAUAACAACUUUUUCCUGAGCAACAUCCGUCGCACUCAGCAGACCCAGAGAGGCCUGACUAUCAGGGAGAAUGAAGUUGAAGUGGAUGCCAGAGCUGCAGCCCAAGAGCUGCCCUUCUCUCCUGUCUACCUCAGCCUACCCGACGUCUUCCUUGGCAACAAGAUCACUUCCUAUGGAGGUAAGCUGAGGUACACAGUGGAGUAUGAAGAGGACCCAAACACCCCACCCGGCGUUGGGAACACCAUCAGCCAGCAAGAGGACGGUCCCCAGGUGGUUAUCCACGGCAUUGACACCGCCAUCGUGUUGGACAUCCCAGAAGUCAUCGCUGCUGUUCCUGCAAGGCACGAGAUUGAUCUUGUGGAGUUUAAAUGGCAGCUGUACGAGUCCCUCCUGAGUCGUACACCCACCCGUGCUGAACUGAUGAUGAUCCUACAGAACAUCCAGGCCAUCCUCAUCAAAGCUACGUAUGGACCCCGCAUGCUCAGAUGCAAGAUCAGCAACAUCUCUCUGGACGUCGGCCGUGAACGCCGGUCCAACGACACUGGUCGGGAGCCUCCCACUGACAGUGUGGAGGAAUGCAUGUGUCCUCCUGGCUACACUGGGCUGUCAUGCCAUGAAUGUGCUGAAGGCUACAGGCGAGUGAUGAAUGGUCCAUACUUGGGCCGCUGCAUCCCGUGUGACUGCAACAAUCACAGUGCAGAGUGUGACCAGAUCACGGGGAUCUGUGAGAACUGUGACGACAACACAACUGGUCAGAACUGUGAGAAUUGUGCAGAUGGGUUCUUUGGCAACGCUGUUCCAGGAGCAGAUGAUUCAGGCUGCAAGCGCUGUGCCUGUCCUCUGGUCAACGAUGAGAACAACUUCAGCUCAACCUGUCGGAAGGAUGCAGAUGGUAAUAUUACAUGUACGGGCUGUGAGCGGGGCUACACAGGCAGGCGCUGUGAGAGAUGUGAACAGGGUUACUAUGGCAACCCUACCAUUCCGGGCGGCCGUUGCUAUGAAUGUGCGUGUGACCAGUCCGGCUCUCUGAGCCCCAUCUGUGACCAGGUGACUGGCGCGUGCCAGUGUCAGCCUGGUAUCACCGGCCGUGCUUGUGACCAGUGCCAGCCAAGAUACGCCCUGACUGAGAGAGGCUGCAUAAACUGUGAUGAUGAGUGCACUGGUGUGCUGUUGGAUGACAUGGAGCGUUUAGAAGCUCUGCUGCAGUCCAGGAACUUGAGUGGCGUAUUCCCUGCACCAUGGCCCACCCUCAUGGCCCUUGAAAACAAGACUUUGGAACUCCAAGCCCAACUGAAGCCCGUCAUUGAAGCCUUCAACCGGCUGCAAGACAAGGCUCAAAACAUCUCGGACCUGGAACGUCCAGCUGACAGGCUACUCAGGAGGGCCAAUGAUGCUGUCCGUAAUGCCCCACCCGUGGACGAGGAUGCUGGGAAGGUUCGGAACCGCGCAGCUGACCUUGAGAUGAGGGUCAUGAACUCUGCCCGAAAGCUGCAGGAUCUUGUUGAACAACUGGUGAAUUUCACACGUGACCUCAAGGCCCAACUUCGCGAGGCUCAUAGAAUACUGGACCAGAUUCGCGGCAGAGAUCUCAAUGGUUACAGAGCUGAUGCCGACAGGGAACUCAGGCUUGCCAAGGACACUCUGGAGAGAGCCCUGCUUGACUUUGCCAACAAGACUGCGGACAAACUGGCAGCAGUAGAAGCCCUGGAGGGAAAGCUUAACAGGACUCUCGGUCAGCUGAAUGAUCUGGAGGAAGCUGUCCGUGAUGCCCACAUGAAGACUAAUGAAGCUGACCGUCUUAAUGAUAACAACGAAGAUGUUCUUCGAGAUCUAGACGAAAUCAGGAGACUUACUGAAGAGAAUGUGGACGACAUUCGUGAUGCCAUCAGGGAAGGUGAUGAAGUUGUGAAGAAUGCUCGCAGACUCUUGUCAGAGGCUCGCAUUGCCCUGGAGGAGGCCAAAAAUAAUGACCAAGCCCUGAGGAAUGUCCGACCAGAGUUGCAGCGCCGGGUUGACCUCCUGACCCAGAAGCUUGCCGGACCCCCUGACCUGGAAGACUUGGUGGAGGAUGCAGAGAAACACGCCCAUAAUCUGAGGGCAAGAGGUCUAGAAAGGCUGUUUGCUGAGACCAAGAACUUCUCCUCAGAUGCCCUGGCUGCUGCCACAGCCUAUGACAACAUCGUGCAGGCCUUUGAAGAUGCAGAGAGAGCUGCAAAUGAAGCCAACGUGGCUGCUAAAGAAGGACUAGACCUGGCUACAGGAGAAAACUCUCUGAGUAAACUUGGCGAGGAGUCAAAACAGCGCAGCUAUGACCUGUUGGAUGAAGCUGUGAAGCUCAGGGACAGGGUGGAUGACUUAGGAAAUAGAGUGGCUGACAAAGAGGCGGAAAUAGCCCAGGGAAACCAAAAUAUUACUGACCUGAAGAAAGCUGUCCAAGAUCUUAAGGACAGAAUGGAUCGUCUGACAGAUGACCUAGGUGAUGCUGCCAAGGAUGUUCAAGACAGAGCAGUUGAUGCUGACAAUGUUGCCCAGGGGGUGAUUGAUGAAGUUGAUGGCUUAGAGCCAGAUGUUGACGCUUUAGUGGAUCAGUUUGGAGUUAUAGGGUCUGCAUCUGGUGACACCAAUGCUGACAUCAGAGCAGCAGAAGGAGACUUGAGGACAGCGUCUCGUAACCUUCGCGAUCUUAAGGACCUUGCUGACGACCUGAAAAAUGAAGAACGUAAUGCCCGCGCUCUGAAGGACCAGUUCGGCCGGAACUUGGCUGACCUAUGGGAGAUGAUCAGACGGGCCCGGAACCUAGCCAACUCAAUCAAAGUGUCGGUGGCCAACGAUGGAACAUGUAAACGAUCCUACAAACCAAUGAGCUUUUAUACAAAUCUGUAUAAAAGCUCCUUGUACAAACCCCAGAAUAGAUCCACUAGCACCAUUGAGUUGAACUUCAAGACAACUGAGCCAGACAAUCUUCUCUUCUACCUGGAAGGCAGGGAUUCUAAAGACUUCUUGUCUUUGGAGACUCGUAACAGCCGAGUGGUUUUCCGCUGGAAUGUUGGUUCUGGUAUCGGCAAAAUCACAAACGACAGCCUGCCAAUAUCUGACAAUAGAUGGUACCGUAUAGUUGCCCAGCGUAUCGGCACAGAUGGAAAACUCCUUGUACAACGAUCCAGGCAGCCCAGGGCUAAAUUAGAUGGUCCUCAGACUGUGACUGGUUCUGCACCAACGGGCCCGUACACCAUUCUUGACGUAGACAGCAGCGAUGACAUCUACAUAGGCGGUGUUCCAGCAGAGAAGCAGCAAGAAUUCGAAGUGACUUCCGACUUCAAAGGCUGCAUGGGAGAAGUACUGCUUGAUGAUGAACCCAUCGGCCUCUGGAACUUUGCUACCACCUCUGGGACCUGCGAGGGUUGUGUGGAAAGCCCACGAGGAGAGACUACUGCUUCCAACACCUACACCUUCCUGGGAGACGGAUUUGUAGUGAUGCCAAAGAUACCCUCCUGGAAUGACAGAACUACUUUUCUCAGCUUCCGCUUCAAGACCUUUGCAGAAGAUGCACUCAUCUUCUUUGUUGCUGAUGAAACCCAGCGAGACUACUUUGCUGUGUACCUGAAAGACGGAAGAGUUGGAGUACAGUACAACCUGGGUAGUGGAAAAGUUGAGAUUCUCUCCGAUGACAGGCACAGCACUGGAGUAUGGUCCUUUGUAAGCGUCUCCAGGACUGGCCAAACGGCUAACCUGACUGUGACAGGUGAACAAAACGUGAAAAGAGGGUCGUCCCCUGAAACCCUUACUGACCUUGCAGUCACCGACCGCAUGUACAUUGGAGGUCUGCCUGGAAGCAUCAUCGUGGUUACUAAGCAGCUGGACAUUCCCAUUCCCACCACCUCCUUCAUCGGAUGUCUGCAGGACGUUAUGGUGGGUAGGCAUUCCCAGAAGCUGGAUGAGAACCUGGCAAUAGAGAUUAGGGGCAUGACACCAGGCUGUCGGGAUCAAGUUGUCCGCACCAUUGGGAUGACUGGAGACCCAGGUGCCUACGCAGCCCUUCCGAACACAGACAGGAAAGGAAACUUGGCAAAUAAAGGGUCGGUGUUACUCGGGUUCACAACAAGUACGGAGGAUGGGCUGUUGCUCCUGGCAACCGGUGGCAGCCGCAGGAGGAGACGACAGGCUGGAACGGCCUUCUACUCUCUGUCCAUUGUGAAAGGUCGUAUCCAAGCUCGGUUCAGCACUGGAGUGGGUAGUCCUUUAACUAUAGUAACAAGGAACAGUGCUGGAAGGUUCGAUGAUGGAGAGCACCACAACAUCAGGGUGACGAGGGAAGGUGCCAGUUUUGAGAUCUCAAUGGAUGAUGAUGCCAAGCGAUCAGGCAAACUGGCGGGUGUUGACAACAUAUCUGUUAACAAGUUGUACAUUGGUGGUAUUCCUGGCAACAUGGAGAGGAACUUCCGCAACAUGGCUGGAACCCUGUCUCCAUUCAAGGGCUGCAUAAGGGAUUUGGUUCUGAAUGGAAACCUAAUCGACAUGGGACAUAUGGUAGAAUUUCGCAAGGCAGACAUCGGGCGAUGUGUGGACCAGCCGAGUGAACCCAGACCCAUCACCCAACCUCCCCCGAAUACAGGCCCUCCUACUGGCUGUGCAGCUCCUGCCAACCAAACCUCCAAGAUCAUUUCAGGAGCCUUCCAAUUUGGACUGACUAACAACAGCCACAUGACAUUCAAGAUAGAUCCCAACAAUGUCAAGGAAGAGUUUUCAGUGAAGGUGGAGAUCCGCACCUUUGAGUCGGAUGGCCUGGUGUUCUACAUUGCCAAAGACGACCAUAAAGACUUCGCUGCCAUCCAGCUGGAAGGUGGUCUGGUGAAGUUUAAGUUUGACAAUGGGAAGGGUCCAGUGGAGAUCAGCAGCACAGUCACUGUGAACGAUGGAAAGCGGCAUAUGCUUGAAAUUGCCACAAACGGCAGGAAUGGAAUCCUGACCAUAGAUGGACGUUACAGACAGAAGGGCAAGAGCCCAGGAGAAUUCACCGUCCUGGAUUUGACUGAAGACUUCUACCUGGGAGGUCUUCAUAUUUAUAACGAUGAAUAUAUAUAUAAUGCUACCAAGAGGAUAGGAAAGUUGACCAACAGCAUGGAGAUGUGUGUGCGUAUGUUGGAGAUCCAGGGUGAGCUACAGAACCUGGCCCGACCAGCCACCAGGGCUGACACGGGGAGCUGCUUCCAGAAGGUCACUGGAGGAUCAUACUUCGGUGGCACAGGAUAUGCAGUAUUAAAUGACUCGUACCAUGUAGGACAGGACAUGGAGGUUGUGUUUGAGUUCAGAACCAGCCAGCGGGAAGCCCUCCUGCUCAGUGUGUCAUCUGAGAGGCCUGAUGCUCUCGCCAUUGAACUCAAGGAUGGCAAGAUCACCCUUCGUGCUAACAAUGGUCCAGGAGUAAUCCAGCCUUCUGAUAUCACAUUCCGUGUUGACAAUGGACUGGCACCAUUUGAAGUGACCUAUGACCCAGAGGUUCAUGGUCAACAAGACAGCAACAAGUUCAGCCUCUGUGACAUGAAGUUUCACAAAGUGGAGGCUCGUAAGGUGAAGAACAUCCUGAAGGUGGUGGUGGAUGGCAAUGAAGUACCGCCUGCAACCGGUCCGCAAGACAAUUACUCAGCAGUUACCAAGAACCCACUCUACAUGUACAUCGGAGGAUACCCAGGCAUGCACACUUUUUAA